AUGGUACGGACGGUUCAAGGAUGUGGGAGUGCGUGUGUUCGUGGAAUUGGCGAGGUCUACGAGCUCGCCACCUUUCUCAAGGACCCAAAGAAGGCGGACAAGAUCGAGGUUCUCCCAGUGAAGGAGUCGCUGCCCUUGGUUAUUUGCUCGAUUUACGUCCUCUUCUUUGUGUUGAUCCUGGAGAUCGGUUAUGGAACUGCUGACAUAGACAACAUAGACCACUCAGAUCCAGCUGAACUGAUCGUGGUUGUUGUGUUGGUGCUGACGGUGUUUUGCACCAUGGUUCCAUUACAGAUGUAUGUACAUCUGGCCUUGAUGCAGGAGUUGCAAGACUUGCCAAGUCAGAUACAUGAUUUUAAGAUCGAAGACUCUAAGUGCUCGUGCUGCGCGCUGGAUCAUGUAAAUCCGCGGACGGGGGAGAACAUCAUGUGCGAUAGAAAGCUCAUCUUCGACAUGCUUCAGAUCUGGUUCGGUAACCCGGAAGACUUGCUGAGCGAGGAGCCACCGCAGCUGGACGUCUUUGACAAGAUGGUGCGAGAGAACCUUCGACUGAAGGUCCUUCGGAAGGUGGGCCAUGGAGUGCCAGAAAUGUCCUACGUUCUGGCCACCGUGUGCAUGCCGACUAUUCCGUUUCUUUCCUACGAGCUUCCCAUGUACUUGACCUCAAGGAGCCUUGUGGAUGACCCAGACGCGUACCUCUUUUACACAUGGCAUGCAGUCGCCUUUCUGUCAGGGCCUUUGGUUAGCAUGUUUUGGUUUUGGGUCUGUGCCUUCCUCUGCCGCAGACUUCUAUUUUUGACGAACCGAUGUCCUGGAAGUGUGGUGGCCGCGCUGGUGCUGACUCCCCUCAGCUAUUUGCUGGUAUCUAUUGCCGCGUGGUUCCCACUGUACGGUGUCAUGACAUAUUACCGGGGAGUGAAUGACCUCCACGUAUACACGUUCCUGGGGGUCUUGCUUUUCACGCUGUACUUGUACUCUGGGCGCACUUGUUGCUGCCGCUCCCGGCAGAAAGAAGUCACGAAGACGCGCAGCAUACCUUUGGAGGAGCUGCACACCUUCUCCAUCUAG